AUGGAAGACUUUCCAUCACUUAUAAAGGCACCACUUUCUUGUAAAUUACCCAUGUCUGCUAAUGAGGAGGAUAAGUAUUAUUUUCAAAAAUUUAUAUAUACAAAUGAAGAAGAUCAUGAAAGUCAAUUGGCUUCACAUAUAAGCUAUGUGUUAAAGAACCUUGGUAAAGCUCUUCCAAUUGACCAUGAUUGGAAUAGAACAGAUCCAGGAUCAACAACAAAAGGGUCUUAUUGGUCAGACUUCCUUUGCUGGUUAAAAGACACAUUGAUACUAAAAGGUGAAGAGAAGGCCAGUGCUAAGGACUUUAAGAUGGCUCUUUAUGACCUUGAUGAGAAAUUCAAUUGA